AUGGCGUGGGCACUGGAUAUGGUGGAUGAGCAUAAUAAGGUCAUGUUUGUUGUGGGCAUGGGUGGAUCUGGCAAGACAACUCUUGCCAAGCAAGUAUUCGAGGCAGUUAAACAAGACUUCGGUUGCUCUGCAUGGAUCAGUGUUUCAAAGUCCAAGAAGAAAUUGGAGAUCUUGCAGAACAUGUUAGAUGAACUAUGCAGAUGCAGCUCCAGGGCGGAAACAGCCCCAACUCCCCAGCAGCAAAGCUCGGAACACUACAUCAACCUCAUUAGGGAGUAUUUGCUGGAUAAGAGGUAUGUAAUCGUCCUCGAUGAUCUGUGGGCUGAUGAUGUUUGGAGAUCUAUUAUGUUAGCAUUGCCAAGAAGGAAUAGGAGUAGAAUAGUCAUCACUACGCGAAGAGGGGAUAUAGCCUAUUCACUGAAAGAUAGAUCCGUUGCUGUCCAUCCCAUUCAGCAUCUAUCUCUAGAAAAGGCUAAGGAACUCUUUCACAGAAUCGCCUUUCCAGGAUCUCGUGUAUGCCCUCCAGCUUUAGCUACACUGUCCAAUGAAAUACUAGGAAAAUGUGAAGGGCUACCAUUAGCAAUCACUGAAAUUGGGCACCUUUUGUCAACUCAGGGGGAAAGUGCAUCUGAAUGGAAAAAGUUGCGUGAUGGUCUUGCAUCAGAGCUACGAAGCAAUGGCCAUCUUGUGAAUAUUACAAAAGUGUUGAUUCCUAGUUAUGAUGACUUACCUUACCAUCUUAAAAACUGUUUUCUGUUGAUGAAUACUUUUCCCCCUAAUCACCCCGUCCAGCGUGCAGAGCUAAUACGGUUAUGGAUGGCAGAAGGGUUCAUUACAGAAGUGUACAAUGGAAAAGAACUCGAAGAUUUGGGGGAAGAAUACCUGAACGAAUUGAUUGCAAGAAACUUGAUUCAGGUAUGUGCAGUGGAUUUUGAUGGGAGGCCAAAGUCUCACCGGGUUCAUAAUAUCAUGCAUGAGAUUGUUCUCUCGAAGUUACAUGAUGAAAACUUUUGUGAAGUUUAUCCAGAACAAGGUCUAUUUGCCGUCAGUAACGAAAGGAUCAGGCGAAUAUCGAUCCAUAAAGGUGAUCUAGUCUUGUCAUGCUCAGAACUUCGUGCUCGCGCUUUGCUAAUAUUUGACUCAUUCGAUCCAUACCGGCACUCCAUUUCAAUUAGCUUUUCAAUCAUAAAGAAGCUGAGGAUAUUGCAUCUGGAAGGUGCAAAGCUGCACUUGUUUCCCCCAGAAAUUGAAGAACUAUUGUUGUUGAGGUACUUGAGUUUAAGGAAUACGGGAGUCAAUAGCAUUCCGAAAUCAAUAGGAAAGCUUAGCCACCUUGAAACCUUGGACCUCAAACAAACAUUAGUCAGAACGCUGCCAAAAGAAAUAUGUCAUCUCUCUAAGCUUCGUUACUUACUUGUUUACAGAUAUGACAUUGAAGAUUAUGUGGCAAUUAACACUGUUAAAGGAUUUGAGGUCACAGGAGAGAUCACAUGGUCAGCUCAUCUUCGCAAGCUACUGUUUGUGCAAGUCAAUAAAAAUCAGAAUAUCAUUGUUGCAAUGCGAGGCCUCAGAGAACUGAGAAGGCUGGGAAUCAUGGGUUUGCGCAAAGAAGAUGGAAGGAUCUUGUCUGAGACUAUUCAAAAGCUGCGAAAUUUGCAUUCUUUGAAUGUGGCAGCAGAAAAUGAGGCUGAAGUUUUAGACAUGCAAGAAAUUUCACAUCCUCCUCGACUCCAGCGUUUGUAUUUGAAUGGAAGACUGGAGAGGAUGCCUAGCUGGAUUUCCAAACUUCACGAUCUGGUAAGGCUUCGUUUGAAGUGGUCUCGGCUGGAUCAACAGUCCAACAAUCCCAUUAAUAGCCUUCAAGAUCUUCCUAAUUUACUAGAACUCCAGCUGCUUGACGCCUAUAAUGGGGAGCAACUGGAUUUCAAUGCUGGCAAAUUUCAGAAGCUCAAGAUACUGGAGUUGGAGCUCCUUCCACAGCUGAAAAUGGUCAUAAUGGAACGCAAUUCAUUGCCUUGUCUACAAAAGCUGAUCAUAAGGCGAUGCGGUCAGUUAAGGCAUAUUCCAGUUGGUAUAGAUGACCUCAGCCAACUCAAGGAGAUUCAUUUGUAUGAUAUGCCGAAAAAUUUUGUCUCCAUGCUCGAGAAAAAUGGUGGCAGUCUUUAUCAUCUUGUACAACAUGUGCCAUUAAUACGUUCUUAUGAUGCUCAGAAUGGUGGACGGUGGAAUGUGAAAGAUCUUUCUGAUUGA